AACUCGUCCUAAAUCGUCAACCUCGUUCGUAGAUUAAGAAUUUUCGGUUUUGUAUUGAUCCGCCAAAAGAUAAGUUUAAUGGAACUGACCGUGAGUGAUUAUGUUUAGACAAAAUAGUGAGUGAUUUUACGAAAAAACGACAUGUCGAAGACAUCGACUCGGAUCCCCACAUUUCGGCCCAAGGCACCGCAAAUUAAGCCAAAACCUGCCGAAAUAACGAAAAAGGAUAUCGGUAAAAAGGUCCGUGUGGUCGAAAAAGAAGGCAUUCUGCGGUACAUCGGCAACGUCCAUUUUUCGACAGGUGUAUGGUGUGGUGUCGAACUUGACUCCUCUUUGGGUAAACACGAUGGUGUUGUUAACGGAGUUCGCUACUUUGCGUGUUCGCAACGCUGUGGUUUGAUGGCGCCACUAUGCAAAGUCGCGCUAUUAGAAGGAAACGAGAAUGUUGAAGAUGGGGAUUCUGGACCUUACAGUAUGUUGUUUAUUGAUSAAAAAAAUGAAAGUGUUAGAGAAUCGUCUGAAGAAUCGAUAGAUGACGAUCUAAAUCGAACCGUUAUUAAUGUCAAAGACAGAAGGCGCACAUUUAAUAAAAAUGAUACAUUAGUUGUGGAAAAAGUCCCGAAUGAUCUCACUUAUGUAGAAAAUAAUAAGCAAACGUUUACAUUUGAUAGUAAGGAGAUUCAUCAGUCCUAUGAAAAUUUUUUUAACGAAUUGGGAGUUGAAGUGAAGAGACGGAGAACUGUGACAAAAACUGAUAAUACAAUUGUGUUAAAUGCAAUAGAAAAACCAUCAUCACUUCCUCAACUACGGACAACUCAAAAUUUUAGUUCGUUCGAUUUUAAUUCGCCUCCUUUGUCAGCUUUGAGUAAAUUCAGUCAUUCGACACCCGUUCGUGGCGAAUUCGAAGAAUCUCUUUUACGGAAACUACAAUUAACUUCAAAUUUAGAGGACGACGGUAGUAAAAGGGAUUCGUUAGAAUUUGAGGAGUCUUUGGGUAUCCUCACACCGGAACAAAUGGUUGAUGGGACAAGCUUCAUGUCUGUGAUAAAUUCGCGAACACCAAGCUCCGAAUGUAUUAGAGAAAUCAAAGAAAAAGAGAGUGUCAAAACCAAUACGAGUGAACUCCCAAGUCCCAAUUUGGUCGAUGCGAGUGUUACUGAUUUCAGUUUAGGAAUCAUCGACGAGCAACUAAUUAACAACAUAACACUAAAAACUGACACCACAAUGAACAUGGAGCUACCGUUGGACUCCAUCGAUAAAUCAAAAGACUUUACGCUAACGCGGCCCGAACAGACCCCUUCUCCUGAAGAUUUACCCCUUGACCCGACCCCAAUAGUCGAAAGUGACUCCAAAACCGAGCCCACCAAAUCAAAAACUUCAAGCUUUAUUACAAGCAUAACUAGUAUCACUAGUCUGGAUACGGGGUAUCAAGGCGAUGGCGAAAUGUCUCGACCGGCGAGCAGGGGGGCUGAUAACUCGCCCCUGACCCGGAGACCUCUCCCCCGUCCUCAAACUCGACGCCCUGAUCCCAUGACAGACUCCGAUUUUUACACCGAAAGCGACGCCGACAACCACGAGGAAAACCCUCUCCGAGGCGACAGGAGGGCGCAGGUCAUCGAUGGGACACUCUACGGUGUUGACCCCCAAGCCGCCGCUGAUAUCUACGUUAAUAAUCGGGAAAAUAUGGACUCGAGUGGGAUUUUCACCGAUAUUGAGUCCAAUACGCGGAACGAGGAGGAUGUCAGGACGACUGAUGUGUCCCCGUCUGAUACUUCCACGAAAACGAUUUCGGGAAAUAGUCAAAAUAAUCUUCAGGAAAUCCUGGAAAAAACGGCUGUUGUUGAGGAUGAUGCCCCGAAGGAGAAUCCGAAGAAGAGAAAUGCCCCAAGUCCGGUCGUGUCAAGUCCUGCGAGUGUAAGGUCGCCGCGGCAUAAAGAAGAAAAUGCCUCGAAAAAAUUCAAAUUGCCCAAACGGGAAGUGGCUUCAAAAGUCAAAGCGAUGCUAGAGUCGAGCCCUCAAAGCACUGAGAAGAAAACUGUGAAAAAAACAGUCGGUCGCUGGGACGCUGUGAUGAAUAAAAUCUCAAAGACUGAACAAAAAACUAAUUUAAAAGACGUCAAAUCGAAAGUAUUUAAUAGUGUGAAUGUGAGUCCUGUGCAGAGACAAACCGAAGUGAGGAAACCGGGACUGAGACAACCAACGAGUCAGAAGUCUCCCAACACCAAAUUACGAAGAGUUAGGGCACGAACCGGAAGUAACGCGUCGCCGAAGAGUCGUCUCGAGAGCAGCAUCCAUAGCUCUUUGAGCGACUUGAGUGCUUCAGGGACGUUGCCGAAGACUUCUGGGUCGUCCAAGAAACGCGAAGUGGUUCAAGUAACUCAAGUUCUAACCGCUUCAAAAUUACCACCAAGGCAAGCAUCGCAAAACGAGACUAAGAAAACAACACCAACAUCUUCUCCGAGUGAAAAUAAACCAAAACGAACCCCAACAAGCCUUAAAGAGAAAAAGCAACCAUUAAUUAAAGAGUGUGGAAGAGCUACUGUGAAGGGGGGUCGCACGUCGCCCGUAGUCCGGCCCCCAGUUCACACGCGGGCCCCCUCGAAACCUGUCCCCAAAGUAGCCGAAGCACUUGCAGUUCUCGUCCAACACCUCGUGUUCAAUGUUGAAGCUUAUCAAGUCCCUGUCCUCAAAAAGCAAGUCCAAAAGCUUCGAAACGAAGCCGAAGAAAUCAGGUUGACGUGUCAGCGAUUGGAAGACACUCUAGCUGAAGAAAGGGUCGAGAAAAGUCGAUUGAUUGAAGAUGAACGUGUGAAAUGUGCGAAUGAAAUCAGUGAAUUAGUCGAAAAGCAUAGAAAUGAGAUAUUAGAACUGAAUAAUAAGCAAUACGAAUUAGAAUCGCGUCUUUGUGAAGAAAACGAAGCCAACAAGACAGUUUUAGAGAAACAAAAUGAAGAAAAACUGUUGACUCUCAAAUUAGAAUUUCAAAGAUUGCAAAAAACGCAUGAAGAGUCUUUGGAUAUUUUACGAGAAGAAAACGAUGCGAUCCGUGAACAGAUCGACGAAAAGAAUGCUCAAAUUGAAGAAAUCAAACAUGAGAGUCGAAAACUCAAAGACGACUAUGAAGCCAAAGAGAUAAAACUCAAGGAGCAACUACAGAGUGUUAGAUGUGAGAAUCAAAAAUUGAAGAAUGAGUUGAGCAAGGUUGAAGGAAAAUUCGAAGAGAAGUUGAAUGCGAUGAAUGAAGAAAACGCAAGGUUAAAGGAGGAAAAUGAAAGGCUGCUUAGCUACAGCAACAUCAAGGAUAAGGGCACUAGUAUUCAGGAGCUUCAGUCACUUCGAGUGGUACUAGAAUUAAGACAAAAAGAAGUCGCCGAUUUGCGCCGCGAUUUAUUUGAAGCGAAGCAAAAGAAUGAAACAUUAGCCGCAGCUAAAGAAAGAUCAGCUUCACUCAGUGCCAGAUGUGAGGAUUUACAGCUCCAAUUGCAAAUAAAAAACGAAAUGGAACUGAACUUAAUUGCCGAAAAUAAGAAGUUAUACGAUAGUUUUAAAGAAGAAAUCAAUCAAAAUAAAAGACUGUGUCAACACAACGAAGAACUCAAAUGGAAACUGAAGCAAAACAAAGAAAUCGUGAGCAAAGUCCUCGAGCAAGCCGCAGAAGAGUCCAGCUUCAACCGUUCCUUGCUAAGUGCAAGUUUCAACGAGCGCCACUCAACCAAACAAAACUUUGAUCGCACUCUCUCAUUCCAAGAGAAAACCAGCACUCCAUGGAAGUCGCGAAACGACGACUUGUCCCCACCCUCGUCCCCGAAAGUGAAGGGCGUAGUUGAGAAAUCCGAUUCGGUGAGUUACGUCCUUGACCUGGACGAAAGCCCCGAAAUCGUGGCAUCGCGCAUUGUGAGGCGCAGUUUUCGCAACUCGACUCCUCCCAAAACCACUCCCACGAAAUCGCCGUCCAACAAACGACCGCGGAUGAAAUUUGCCUUAAGUCUAAGUGCGUCGGCGAGUGCUAUUUUGCCCUCAAACAAGACGGAAUAUGCCAGGUCGCAAUCGUUAUCAGUCAGAAAUGGGGAGGUGGAGUCUUGGGCCACGAGCACACCUAAUAAUAAAUCACAAGACGAUGAUUUAGACCUGGAUUUGGACGAGGACGACUUGAAACUGCCCGCCUUGCCGAGCGAGAUUGGGAGGAAGAACGGGGCCCAGGCGUUGCCGAGUCCAAAACACUUGGCCGGUGAAGCCAUGAUUUCGGAAAGUAAUUCGGAGGAUGAGAGCACGAGUUCUUCAAGUGUGCAAUUGUGAGACGAACUUUCGUUUUAGUUGCUUAUAAACUGCCCUAAUCGUGUGUAAUCAUUGUAAUGUAUAUUCAUUUUAUUAUGUAACUUUUUUGUAAUACUUUUUGUAAGUUUUUUAAAACUACCUAUAUUAUAAUACUUUAUCGAAAAACUCUUUUCUUUCUUGAAUAGGUUGUGAUCUUUUUGUACAUGAUUAUUAGAUAUUAUUUAUACACAGUAUUAAUGUCGGGUCGAGAAGCCUUUUUAGUACAAUACUGCUUAUACUUAACUAGGGUUGUAUAAUGUGUAUAUUUUUAUGUAUAUGAUGCCCUUUAUUGUUUUUGUUCAUUGUUACCCUUUCAACUGUCUAUUAAUAAUUUAAUGAGUAUAGAUGAGGAAUGGUGAUGUAUGUAUUUUCAAUUGUUAGGACCAACAUAGAUUUCCACUUUUCAUAUUUAUUGUAUAAAGUUGCAAAUGUUCGUAUAUGAUCAAGUUAAUAAUAAUAUUGUACAAUAAAUUUAUUGAAUUAAAA